AUUAAGGUAAUUGACAUGCUUCAAUGGGGUAAUGAAUGUUAAAUGAGUCAAUGUAUUGGAAUAUCAGCGCCUAAAAAUAGAUAACGGAAAAUGCGCAUAUGCAAUAGCCAAACUACAUAUAAUUCACAAAAGCAAAAAGUGCUUAACGCUGGUACCACACAUAGCUUUAACAGAAUGUUGUGUAUAUAAUCGGGUAGUGGUUCUGAAAACAGUUUGAAAUAAAUAGUGGUAUAAGUGUGAUGCGUUAGGAGAACUGUGUCAAAAUACGAUGGUGAAGAAUUUGUAAAAAAAUUUUGUAUAAAAAAUAACUCAACAUAUAAUUACGGCUUUACCAGACAUUGUGACGUGCGUCCGCAGCAGAAAAAUCCCUUAUCUACACUAUAUUUGAUAUUAGCUGAACCUUCUAUGCUUUUUUGAAUGUACGCUUAAAUCCGAUUAGUACGAUUCGCUAACAGAAGUGUGAUGCCGUAGUUUAUCCAUCCAUUUGCCAUUUUACGGAUAAGUGCAGCAUAACAAAUUGCACACGGCUUCUAUUUCGGCCGAAGCUCACAAAAAAAACAAAAGGAGUAAAAAAAUAAUAUACGAGUUCACAUUAAAGCUAUCUAAUUUACAAGCAAAUAAAAAGGUGGAACUCCAUUGGCACGUUUCCGAAUGCCAUGAUUCAUCAUCAUGUGGACAUAUAUGAUGGCCGCAAGCCGUGGAGAACGGGCGAAUAUGAUGAUGUCCGCCUCGAGACGUCGCAAUGAAAGUGAAUCACCGAAAUAUGGUUACAACGUCGGCCGCUCAAUGCCAUAUCGUUCGACUGCUCGCCACAAUGUGCUGCCAUUGCACUCAUCAGCGAGCUCAACAUUACCAUCUGGCGCAUAUACGUCUUAUCCACAUACAACAACAACAACAACACCAUACUACGAAUCACACCAUCUCAGCAGUAGCCAGGCCGCUGCCGCUAAUUUGCCAAGCGCCAGCACCAGCGCCGCUUCCACAGCCAGUCCGCCGCCAUUCCACACACACGCGGCUUCAGCGGCAUUGCACAGACUGCCGCCACACAACAGCAGCCAACAUCACGUCGCUCAUGCGAGCGACGAUGAAGAUGGCACUAGCUUUUUCGCCAUCUCACCUUGUAUGCCGCUCACCGUGCGUGGGACAAGGACACUCAAUAUUCGUGUAUAA